UGUGCGGGUGACUGAAUGAGUCUCUACACAUUUAUGACAGAAACAGAAACAGGAAUUAUGGCUCCCAAGAACAGCUAAAGCUAUCUGGGGUUUUCUGUAUAAGCGAGUUUCCAGAGACAGAAGAAACGUAUUAUGUCUGUCAAUCGACCACGUUCGAAAACUGAUUGGUUUCCUAUAUAAUAUAAGAUACGUUGCUUUUGUUGUAUUUACGACUGGUGUCGUUUAGAGCACCGUGCUAACGGUAAGCAGUCCGUUAGCCGCAGUGAUACACUUCCUGUAUGAGUCGGGUUUAGGCCGCAGUCACUCACUGAGCUUCUGCCUGCUUCUUAUCCGGAUUGAAGCGCUCACUGCUGUAUGAUGCUUGUUGUAUGCAGCUCUGACUCUGUGGCUUCGUUCUACUCGGGUACUGAUGGUCUGCAGUAGCACGAUGAUAGACGUCCCUACGCAGCCUGUCCCGAGGCACCUCCCCAAGUGAUAUGAUAAUAGGCACCUGAAUUGCAUUCUGUGCCAGCAGGAGCCUUGCACGGGUUCUGCAACUGACUGCCGAACAGCUGUGAUCUGUCCAGUUGUGGCGCAGUCUUGUGGGUCACAGAGCCAUGGGAAACAGUUGUGUGUGCAGAGAGGACAGUGACGUGGAGGAGGGAGUGCCGCCUCGGAGGCAGCUUGGACGGGUGGAGAACUCUGAGCCCCUUGAGGCUAGGGGCAGUCGGCCACGAGACCCAGUUCGACCACCCAGACGAGGUCGCGGCCCUCACGAGCCACGCCGGAAAAAGCAGAACGUUGACGGUCUGGUGCUGGAUACACUGGCUGUUAUCAGGACACUUGUUGACAAUGACCAGGAGCCUCCUUACUCCAUGAUAACAUUGCAUGAGAUGGCUGAAACCGAUGACGGGUGGCUAGAGGUGGUGCAGUCUUUGAUCCGAGUUAUUCCUCUGGAUGACCCCUUGGGUCCGGCUGUGAUCACGCUGCUCCUGGACGAAUGUCCUCUGCCCACCAAAGAUGCUCUGCAGAAGCUGUCGGAUAUGUUGAGUCUGAGUGGCACUGUGGCUCGCCAGGAUGCCCUCGUCCCUGCUAAGCACCGCAACACCACUGCAGUACUGGGCUGCCUCGCUGAGAAACUUGCUGGUCCUGCUAGCAUUGCGCUCCUCAGCCCAGGAACCCUGGAGUAUUUACUGGAGAGCCUGAGUUCUGAGGCUCACCCUACUGUAAUGCUGUUUGCUCUUAUUGCUCUGGAGAAAUUCUCCCAAACCAGUGAGAACAAACUGACUGUGUCAGAGUCAUGUAUCAGCAAUCGUCUAGCAGUCCUGGAGUCCUGGGCAGAUCACUUGGACUACCUUAAACGCCAAGUCGGCUUCUGCGCACAGUGGAGCCUGGACAACCUGUUUCUAAAAGAGGGUCGACAUUUCACUUAUGAGAAGGUCAAUCUGAACAACAUCAACGCCAUGCUUAACAGCAAUGAUGUCAGUGAAUAUCUUAAGAUCUCUCCCAGUGGACUGGAGGCACGAUGCGACGCAUCAUCAUUUGAGAGUGUGCGCUGUACAUUCUGUGUGGACUCUGGCGUUUGGUACUAUGAGGUCACGGUGAUCACUUCGGGUGUCAUGCAGAUCGGCUGGGCCACCAAGGAUAGCAAGUUCCUCAACCAUGAGGGCUAUGGGAUUGGAGAUGAUGAGUACUCUUGUGCAUAUGACGGCUGCAGGCAGCUGAUUUGGUACAAUGCACGUAGUAAACCACACUCCCACCCCUGCUGGAAAGAAGGUGAUGCCAUAGGAUUUUUACUGGACCUCAGCAAGAAGCAGAUGAUUUUCUAUCUGAAUGGACACCAACUUCCUCCUGAAAAGCAGGUGUUCUCCUCUGCCAUUUCUGGCUUCUUUGCAGCAGCCAGUUUCAUGUCCUACCAACAAUGUGAGUUCAACUUUGGUGCCAAGCCAUUCCGCUACCCCCCAUCUGUAAAGUUCAGCACCUUUAAUGAAUUUGCCUCUCUUGCAUCUGAUGAGAAGAUAAUCCUGCCCAGACACAGACGCCUAGCCCUUUUAAGGCAGGUGAGCAUCAGAGACAACUGCUGUACCCUCUGCUGUGACCAAAUGGCAGAUACAGAGCUGAGACCAUGUACACACAGUGGGAUUUGUAUGGAGUGUGCCUUACAGCUUGAUACGUGCCCACUAUGUCGUCAGGACAUUCAGACACGAGUCAGACUCAUUUCACAUGUGUCCUGACAUCAACUCAUAAAGACAAGACACGGACACUCCCCCUAGCUUCCAUCCCAUCCAAGUUCUGUUCCAGAGAUCCAGGCUGACCGAUAGAAUCACAAGGGUGUUUCAGGGUGGGAUGCUACAGCUCAAAAGGCUGUGAAGAAGGAGAGCUUGAGGCUUUCCCCUGCAGAGAGAAGAAGAAAUGAAGAAAUAUGUGGACUCUAAGAUGGUCACUCCCAGUCAGUGAGGAAAGGUUUCUCCGAAGGUCAAAGCAUCAGUUCCAGGAACACGACAAGUAAUGCAUGUCUAGUUGUACAUGCAUUCUGUACACAAGAAUCUGCCUCGGACUCCCCUCCUAUGGGCACUAAUUAAAGGUGCCUACAUAUCUGUGUUUCAGAUGUAUUGUAUGUAUCUGUGACUCUUAUGUUUAAACCACACAGACCACAGUUCCUUAACCUCCCCUUCCGGUUGAUGCAACUCCCAGAGACACAGAGAGAACGUAAUAUUUUCUGGGAACGUUUGCUCUGUUUUUGUUGUACUUGAAACAAUUGUAGGAUGAGUCCCUUGCAUUAUCAAUGGGAUGGAAUUCUUAAUGAAUGGAGAAGCUGUGAUGAUUUUAAGUUGGAUUAUGCACAUUUUUAUUGUAUACAACGAAUAUACAAUUUGGUAUCAAAAGCAAAACUAUUCAAAAACUGCAAAGAUUAAUCUUUGACUUGCAACCACACAAAUUCAGGGUGCAGUGCUGUUCAGCAGUUGGAUCAACAAUUCAUGCAGACAUUUGCCUUGUUUACUUUUGUUGUGUAAGGAAGAUGCACAUAUUUCUGUCAUAGACAUGGAGAGUACAAUUUUAACAUUGAGAAGCAGUUAAUGAGGCUGAAAUCACAUGAGCUCCCAAAGAUUGCAAAGGACUGAAUUCAGAAUAUUUCUAUUUCUGACCUGUAAUGUUUGUAAUAAACGUCUGAUUUACGUGUUGCAUAA